AUAUAUACACAUCAUACUCAUUUUUGUGAUCUGACUUAUCUUUUUUUAUUUUCAAUGCUUCUUCUUCAUCUCUUCCACAUAAUUUUUUUAAGUUUUUUCAAAGUUUAAUUUGGACUUGUCAAUUUUCCUUAGCACUUCACACAAAGCGGUUCGAUUUCUGACUCUGUCAAACGUUGGACUUAUUAAUCAACCGAAGGGGUCGGAAAUGUUAGGGGAUUUCGUUACUCGUUGUCUUAUAUUGCUUUUGGGAUAUGCAUACCCUGGAUUUGAAUGCUAUAAAACAGUGGAAAGAAACAGGGUUGAAAUGGAUGAACUUCGUUUCUGGUGUCAAUACUGGAUAAUUGUAGCUUUUUUCACAGUACUGGAAAAGUUUGCAGAUGUAGUUAUUGGAUGGCUUCCCUUGUAUGGAGAAUUGAAGCUUGCCCUCUUUAUUUACAUGUGGUAUCCCAAAACAAAGGGGACAGGGUAUGUUUAUAAUAAAGUGUUGCGACCAUAUGUAUCUAAGAAUGAAAUUGACUUUGACAAGAAGUUCCAAGAGUGGAGAGUUAGGGGAUGGGAUUUAGCAAUAUUUUACUGGCAAAAUUGCACUGAGUUGGGGCAAUCUGCAUUUUUUCAAGUUUUUGAUCACUUGGCUGCUCAAUCCAAGAGAUUUUCCGGCAAAACCUCCUCUAAGAAAAAAGAUGGAAAGGGUCCUGUUCCUAGUGCCCCACCAUUGCCUGAAAUACGAUCAGCUUUGUUUGAUAUCCAACAAAAUGAUUUCUUGGGCCGCAAGAAGAAGUAGGGACCUCCAAAGUCCAACUAACUCCAUAUACAGUGAUCCAGCCCAAUCUGAGAGCCUGGACCAGAUCAUGGUGAAAACGUGGAAGCACAAUAGGCCCAAUGUAACAUUUUUGUACAUACAUUGCUAAUGCUUAAAUUGACCCAAAAAAGAAUCGCUGAUGCUUACUACUUGCAAAUUACUUAGCAUAAUAACAACGUGCUGCUGAAGAUUGUUUUGUCUAUAUCCCUUACCUUUUGAAACAGUUUCCAUUGUGACUUGUGAUUA